AUGGGCAGCGGCAGUAGUAAGAGCAGGAAACGACUGAUCCAGGCCAGUAUUGGGCAGCCCGUGAAGCCCCCAAAACUUCCAGGGGAACAAAUAAAUGAAGGAAGAACUACAACUACCUGCAUUUUGGGAACAGAUAGUGAAGUCGAAAAUACGGGAGAAGCCUCUACCAAGGACAAUCUGAAUGGGAGAAGCAAGCUCAAGCCAAUUUAUAGAGAUCCGGAUCUACGGCUAUUAGAUGAGAUAUUGGCAGAGUCUGAGGAUUGCUUAUCUUGGCAAGAUUCCGCAUACAAAGUGAAUGUAUUGAAACCCUGGUCUCCCAGUGCCAAUUCCAAUUUGAAAUCAUGCUUGCAUUCUCAGAGAGAUGUGACGUGUGAACCCGAAAUGUUGAACAUAGUAGAUAAACUGUCAGAGCUCCAGACAUCAUCUCUUGAGUUUGAUAAAUUCCAAAAUCAACAUUGUGCCUUAAAAGACAACUGCAGCAUAACCGUUAACAUGCCAAAUAGCAGUGUGGACAUUAAAAACAACAAUUUACCCACCCAAUACCAGGGUUUGUGCUCCAACCUCGUGGAACGUUCAACUUCUAUAACGUAUAAUGAUUUGGAGGAGGCACUGAUAGACAGCAUUGAAGAAGAAUACGCCCAAAAAGAUGUCUUGCUUCCAGCUCAUGAAGGAUGAUCUGCUGUUUCCCACUGGAAUGAGAAUAAUUAAAGGCUAAUAACUUAAAGAACAAAGCACUUUAUCAAACUCAACCAGGGUUUUUUUUCUCUAAACUGGGAAUUGUGUAGAAUUGACAAGGGAAUUGCAAAAUUGCACAAAGAAAAUAUCCCACAUUAGCUAUACUCAGCGAACUGCGUCUUGAUGUUUUUGUUGUUGUUGUUGUAGAAGUUCUGAAUGUGUUGAUAUAUGCGAGAUUUAGUAUGAAUGAAAUUCUGAAUGUUUCAGUUUAGCAUAAAUUGUGAAAUUCUGAGACAUUUUAUGUUUCUUUGAGAUAAAAUGGAAAUACCGUAUAUAUGCUCUUUGUAAGUGAGUCUUCUGCACUACAAAAAAUCUUCUAAUAGUUUAUGACAUGGUGAGACAGUAAGGUCCCAACACAGAGGAGUGCUUGGAGGAGCCUCCAGUGCAUGAAGUGUUGGUAAUAAUUAUUCUUCCCAGUCAGACUGAUUGACAGGUAGAAUCCAUGUACUACAGGAGCAUUCGGACACAAUCAUCAUGUACGUGUGGUAAGGUAUCAGGAAUCAGGCUGAGCAAUAGAUUCUGAGACAUGCCGGUCAGUAGUCUGUAACUGAAUGCAAAGAGAUAACAGAUGCUUAGUCAGUAGUCAGUCCCAGCAGGGAAGUGCACAGACAAGUAGUAUCACCAGAGACAAGACAACACAGUAACCGAAGACAGACAUUUUACAGAAACAGAACAUGAACCAACUGGUCAACAGAUGCUCAAGAACCAGUCUGCAAAUUCCGAGGGGAACAUCCUGUAAUUUGUAUGGAUGCCAUGUGAGAUAACACAUCCCUAUUUAUAUCACAGUGUUUUCUUUUUUUUAUCUAUGUAAAGUUAUAUCCCUUUAAAUUAUUUAUAAAGUUAAUAUAUCAGGCAUACAGUUGCAAGAA